GAUAGCUCCUCCUUCACACUCACAGCACAUCACGGGCACACCUCUCUCUUUCCUUUGCCUUGAUGUGGUGAAUACACACACAUACACCUGUGCCUACAUAGAGUGAACGAGCGAGGAUGAAAAUGAAAGCAAGCCCGGUCCUGACCGUGCUAUUCGCAGCGGCGGCCGGGUUCUUGGUCGGCAUUUCUUUUCCUGUGGACAUCACACCAAAGCUUCAGUGUGGCAUACUGCCUUGGAGCAGCAACAGCGGCGGCGUCGCCAACUGCAGCGUCGGUCACAGCAGUAGGCUCGGCAGAUUAUGGGGAGCGCCUUUCAGGAACAACAGCACCGGCGCCCCAAAUGCCACCAGUUCAGCACCGAUUGUAGCGGUUGCAGCAGUAAGAAACCCUCGAGAGGGCGCAGAGAGGCGGCUGCCACCGGGGAUCGUGGUUUCAGAGUCCGAUCUUCAUCUGCGCCGGCUCUGGGGAUCCCCAAGAGAGGACAGCCCGACUGGCAAGUACGUCCUCGCGCUCGCGGUAGGGUAUGGCGAAAGAGAAAAUGUCAAUGCAACCGUUCACAAGUUCUCCGACAACUUCGACAUCGUGCUGUUCCACUACGACGGUCAUACGACGGAGUGGGACGAGCAGUUUGAAUGGUCCAAGGAGGUCGCCCAUGUCAGCGCCAGGAAGCAGACCAAAUGGUGGUUCGCCAAGAGGUUCCUGCACCCAAGCAUGGUGGCGCCCUACGACUACGUGUUCCUGUGGGAUGAGGACCUCGGCGUCGACAACUUCGCCGCGGAACCGUACCUGGACAUCGUGAGGAGGCACGGGCUGGAGAUCUCGCAGCCAGGCCUGGACACAACUGAGGGGCCGGCGCCGAUGUACGACGUCACCACCAGGAAAAACAGCAGCGAGAUGCACAAGACAGAUGCAGGGGGCGAGCAUUGCUGGGACGUGCACAAGCGGCCGUGCAGCGGGUUCGUGGAGAUGAUGGCGCCGGUCUUCUCCCGGGAUGCCUGGAGAUGCGUGUGGCACAUGAUCCAGAAUGACCUCGUCCAUGGAUGGCCUAUCGACUCCUAUUUCUGGAGAUGCGUCGAUGAUCCUGAAGAGCAAAUUGGUGUCGUAGAUGCGCAGUACAUAGUCCACCGUGCGGUUCCAACUCUCCAAGGCGAGGGUGACAAAGGAAAACCAGGAGGCCGUUUUGAGGUACGAGCGCGUCAAUUUGAGGAGCUGGAGGCCUUUAACUCUAGGUUCGCCAAUGCGGACAAGGAACUCACCAACAGAUCGUUGUCAACACUCAAUUAGCUUACAUAAUUGAUUACAAGAGGAUGAACCCUAGUUUUUUUUAUUAGCCAAUUUUUUGCAUAAUGUAAUUACUAUUUUUCAACACAUUGCUACUUUUUUUUGUCUGUUAUCUUGGCAAGUUUGCUUGUGAAAUUCAGUUAUUCA